UCUUUACCUUUCUUCAAAAGAAUUGGUCUUCUGUGCCGGACCCUCUUCUGAACCUCUCCCUCUCUAAAGGUACCAGGCUGUUUUGCUGAGAACACCCAGUGGAAGGACUGCUUUGUAGGAUCUUGCGACCGAUGGGGGCCAAGCACCAAGUCCUUCUCUUCCUGCCCUUGUCAAUGUUCUUCUGGUUCCCGGGGGGCUUCGCGCUGCUAGAAACAGACGGAGGCUGGCUGACGAGCAGGCACGCUGCGUGGUCAGAAGACGGGAGCUGUACAGUGGAGAGAAGAGAUGCCACCCUAACUUUCGCCCAGUUUAUUCAACAGUACGCCUUCUCUCGGCCGGUAAUUCUCCAAGGAUUAACCGACAAUACCGAAUUCCAGGCCCAAUGCACCAAAGACCAGCUGCUGGCCAAGUUUGGAGAACACCUGGUUCGUCUCAGUACCGCCAACACCUACUCUUACCACAAAGUGGACCUACCCUUCCAAGAUUAUGUGGAUCAGUUGCUAGGACCGCAAGAUCUGGCUUCACUAGGAAGUGAAACUCUCUACUUCUUCGGAGACAAUAAUUUCACUGAAUGGGGCUCCCUCUUCCAGAAAUAUAACCCACCACCUUUCCAGAUUCCAGGCACUAAGGGAGCAUACAGUUUUGGGAUUGGGGGCUCUGGUUCGGGAGUGCCAUUUCAUUGGCAUGGCCCUGGCUUUUCAGAGGUCAUCUUUGGGAGGAAGCGCUGGUUCCUGUAUCCUCCAGAGAAAACACCAGAGUUCCACCCGAAUAAGACAACGCUGUCCUGGUUCCUGGAUAUGUACCCUUUCUUGCCACCGUGGGAGAAGCCGGUGGAAUGCACCAUCCGUCCAGGAGAGGCAGGUUCUGUAUUUUCCUGAUCGCUGGUGGCAUGCUACCCUCAAUCUGGACACCAGUGUUUUCAUCUCAACAUUCCUGGGUUAACAGCUCCAAGUGACAUCUCCUGUGACAUCCUCUUACCAUCCCUCCCUGCAGAGACGGGACUUCUUCGCCACAUCAAACCUCCAUCGC